AGCCAGCUAGACAGAGAGAGACAGAGAGAGAGAGAGAGAGAGAGAGAGAGAAGGAAGGGAGAGACACAGACACAGACACACUGUGGAUCCAGAGCCUGUGUUUUCAUUUCAUCACCCAGUCCGACCGGCAGCACCAGAGAGGAAGGGGACCGCAGGGAAGAGGAGGACACAAGAAGGAGCUCCAGUGACAGCAGGGAAAGUGAAAGAGAGGCAAGGUGAAGGAGGAGAAGGACGGAAGGAAAGGGAGGGAGGAAGGAAGGUGGCUGGGGCAUGAGGAGGGGCGCCUGACUGACAUCGCCGCUUUCCGUAGCAGCUCACACACACACACACACACACACACACCGAUGCAGGCAGACGCGCACACACACUCGGCCAGAUUGUGCGCUGCUCGUUUGCUGCUGCUUUCUUUAAAUCCGUUGCGUAUAGCUUGCCCUCCAUCCUUUCUUCUCCUCUGAGCAAGAGGACAAGAGAGACACAGAGAGGGGAGGAAGAGGAGGAGGAGGGAAAAGGACGAGGAGGAGGAAAAGGAGGAGGAGGGGAGGCAGUAACCCUCUCCUCGCCGAUUCUCAGACACAGCAGAAGGAGGCAGGGAUAGAAGAGGAAGAGACAGAGGAAGCAGCCCCCCUGUUCCAUUUCUGCCGUCUCCUGUGGUCCCUGGGCCAGCGAGCGGCCAACAGGCACCGCUCAUGUCCGUGAACUCGGAGAAAUCCUCGUCCCCUGAAAGGCCUGAGACCCAGCAGAAAGCCCCUCCAGUGAGCGCCCCUCCUCCCCCGCCGCCCCCUCCGCCUCCCCCUGAGCCGACAGGGCCUCCAGAGCCGGAGGAGGAGAUCCUGGGCUCCGACGAUGAGGAGCAGGAGGACCCCGCAGACUACUGCAAAGGAGGGUACCAUCCGGUGAAGAUCGGGGAUUUGUUCAAUGGAAGAUACCAUGUGAUCAGGAAGUUGGGGUGGGGCCACUUCUCCACCGUAUGGCUGUGCUGGGACAUACAAGUGAAGAACUUUGUGGCGAUGAAGGUGGUGAAGAGCGCCCAGCAUUACACAGAGACGGCCCUGGACGAGAUCAAACUGCUGCGAUGUGUGAGAGAGAGCGACCCCGGCGACCCCAACAAGGACAUGGUGGUCCAGCUGAUAGAUGACUUCAAGAUCUCCGGAGUCAAUGGCAUACAUGUGUGUAUGGUGUUCGAGGUGCUGGGUCACCACCUGCUGAAGUGGAUUAUUAAAUCCAACUAUCAAGGUCUGCCGCUGCCGUGUGUCAAGAGCAUUAUCAGACAAGUCCUGCAGGGUCUGGACUACCUCCACACCAAGUGUAAAAUCAUCCACACGGACAUUAAGCCAGAGAACAUCCUGAUGUGUGUAGACGACGCGUUUGUGCGGCGCAUGGCCAUGGAGGCAACCGAGUGGCAGAAGGCCGGAGCCCCGCCGCCGUCCGGAUCAGCAGUUAGCACAGCCCCCCAGCUCAAACCGGUGAGUACAACAGAUGUGGGGAAGAUUUCCAAGAACAAGAAGAAGAAGCUGAAGAAGAAACAGAAGCGGCAGGCCGAGCUGCUGGAGAGGCGAAUGCUGGAGAUCGAAGCCCUGGAGAGGGAGGCGGAGAAGAAGGAAGAGAGAGCCAAAGAAGGGGGAGAGAAAGGGGCACUUGAACACAACCCGUCGCCGCCGCCCAUCGGCCCCAGCAUGGCCCUGGGAGAGAGCGACGAGGACGACGAUGAUGAGGAGGACGGGGAAGACGAGGAGGAGGAGGCAGGAGAGAGGGAGAGGCCCAUCAGGUUGACGAAUCACACAUGCGCAGCACCUCCCCAGGAGCAGGCCGAGGUACCCCGCAUCGCCGAAGACGACCCCGAUGAGGAGGAGGAGGUGGAAGAAGAAGAUGAGGAGCCCACGCCUGUCGCGGAAAAAGACGCCCCCAUUCCCCCUGCCUCAGAGGAAGGCAGUGGAGAUCCAGCACAAGCCGAGGUAGAGCAAGAAGAGCGGGAAGGGGAAGACGGGGAGGAGGAGAAGGAGAGAUUGAAAGGGACAGAGAAUGAGAAUGAGGAAGAUGAGGCGGAGGAGAAGGUCGAGGAGGAGGAGGAGGAGGAGGAAGAAGAGGAGGAGGAGGAGGAGGAGGAGGAUGAGGAGAAGGAGGAGGAGGUGAAAGAGACUGAAAGAGAGGAGAAUGAGACAAAUGAGGAGCCAAAGAAUGAAAGCAAAACAGAGGAAGAGACAGUGUUGGAAGAGGAGGAAUCGAAGGAGCAGGACGGGGAGGAUGAGGAUGAGGAAGAGGAGGAAGAGGAGGAGGAGGACGAUGAGGACGACGAGGAUGAUGACACGACCGCCGACCUCCUCACGGACAACACCCCGCCCAUCAAGCCCCACAACAAUAAAACCAACUCGGCCAAAACCAACGGCCACGUUUUGCUGGGCUCCGAGGUAUUGAAACCGAACCCUGGUUCCCCGCCACCCCCCUCACCCACCCCUGGGCCUCUCCUCUGCCCCCUGGUGGAGUCCGAGCUCAGCUACACGGACAGGGACAACUCGCUCAGCUCCGGUUAUGAGCUGUACAACGGCGAGGUGGGCGAACCGGCGCUGACCAAUGGCUCCAGCGGGCGCCAUCGGAGCACGGUUCCACUCUUUCCGGACUUGCCCCUGGAUCCUGUGCCCGGAAACCCCGGGGCGGCAGAAAUCGGAGCAGGGCCUUCACCCAAUAGUCCCACGGCUGACCGCAGUCGCACUGUGUCGUCCUCGAGCACGGGAGACACACCCAAAGCCAGGGCCAGAGCUGCAGACCUCCUCAUCAACCCACUGGACCCUCGCAACUCUGAGACUAUUCGAGUCAAAAUCGCUGAUCUGGGAAACGCCUGCUGGGUGCAUAAGCACUUUACAGAGGACAUCCAGACGAGACAAUACCGUUCUAUUGAAGUCCUGAUAGGAGCCGGCUACAGCACUCCCGCAGAUAUCUGGAGCACUGCCUGCAUGGCUUUCGAGCUGGCCACCGGAGAUUACCUGUUUGAGCCCCACUCUGGAGAGGACUACUCCCGUGAUGAGGACCACAUCGCUCUGAUCAUGGAGCUCCUUGGGAAGGUCCCACGCAAAGUGGUCGCUGCCGGGAAGUACAACCGCGAGUUUUUCUCCAAGAAAGGUGAGCUGCGGCACAUCACCAAGCUCAAGCCCUGGUCCCUGUUCGACGUGCUGGUGGAGAAAUACGGCUGGUUGCACGAAGACGCCGGCCACUUCACCCACUUCCUCCUGCCCAUGCUGGAGAUGGUGCCCGAGAAGAGGGCCUCGGCCGGCGAAUGCCUCAACCACCCCUGGCUCAACUCGUAGCUAUGAGCUCCGGUCGGAUGUCCUCCACCCCUUGUCCCCCCCUACAGUUUGCCCAGACAUCACCCCCCCUGUGGGCAGCCUGCGGAACAACAGUACAGAGAGAAGCUGGAGACAGUUAAGAGUAGAUGAGAAAGACGUUCAUCUUCCCUGCCCUAUCCCUGACAUGCACCCUUCACUUGCUUCUACGACUAGGCUAAACUCACACACAGCUCCCUCCAUCUUCUCCCAGGAGGAACUUAAAGACGAGCUUCUGGAGAUGAAACGACAUAGUGACUGUGUCUUCCUAAACAUCUCCCCCAGAUCCUUUUGUGGACGGAUGCCGCUCGCGCUGUAAAACGGGAGAAGUCAGGUCUCGGUCUGGAAGAGAUGCACUUCCUUCUUGCUCGUCUGUCGUCAAGACGGCAGCCGGUCCCUUUCACCUGCCUCCUCCUGAUUCUCAGUUUGACCUGUUUGGAUCCAGUCAGGGGCCACUGACAGCUGCUGAUCUUUUCAAUGACACGACAUGAAAGUCAACAGGCAAAAAGCCCUGUUGCAGUGCCGAUGGCACAGAGCUCCAUCUGCCGUGACCUUUUACACAGCCAGGGUCUCAAAAGACUGACAAAAUGUGUGUGUGUUCUUGUGUGAGAGAACGAGCGUACGUGCCUGUGCUCAAGAUCUGCCUACAUAGAGCCUUUUCCCCUCUCUUUCUAGUCCAGUAGCCCCACCUUCCCCUCCCUCAAGCCGCUGUGGAAGAAAGCAGGCAUAUUGGACGAAAAAGUUUACACCCAGAUUUCUUCCAAGAAUCAAGUCCCCGAAAAACCCGUCUCUACCUGGUUCGGGUGCCUACUUCCUCCCCUCCUCAAUGAGCUGCAUGCUCCUGCUGGGGACCACCGUAGAGAACUGGAGGGCAGCCAGUCCUCCAGGGGGCACCACCACACUGACAGUUGCCACUCUGACAAAGACUGAUAGAAAGAAGUCUGGGAUGAGCAAAAAACACAAUACAAGCAAACAAAAAAAGAAACAAGAACACAAUCUGUGUGACGUGGACGAGGACUGCUUGGUCUUUAAGGACUAUUUUUAAACUGCAUGGAGAGACUGGUGGAUCAGCAUGAAAGGGUAUGACGAACGGAGAGUGGAUACACAAUUUUAUUUGCGCAUUUCUUCCGGUUUCUUUCCUGUUUCCGCUCCUCUUUUGGACGUUCUGUUAGAAAGAAUUAUGUUAGGAUACUUUGGUGCCCCCUCUGAGGAAGGUCACUGUGUAACAACCCCCGCUCUUUCAGCCUGUGACGUUUCCUAAGUCAUGGUCCUCUGCCGUCAUUCCUUAGUUUUAGUUGUGAGAAAAAUUGCGUCGAGUCCUGCUGUGGCACAUGUACCUGAACCGAUUGGUUUCCCCCCCCCCCUACCAAGGGACCCUUUGAUCCCUGAGCCUCUCCAGAAAGGGGAUGGUCACGCGGAGGUUGCACUCAUCUUUGUAAAUGUCCUUCAGGGAUUUGAAACCUUUGUACAUAGAACUGAGAUCUGGCAACGCCGAUAAACGGCCGUGGACAAAGUUUCAACACACAAGCAUCAUUCCAAAAAAAUCACAAAAAAAUCACAAAAAAUAACAGGCUGUUGUUGGUAGAACUUGACUUCCUCUGGCACAGUAAGGGGGGGGGGGGGGGGGGGGGGGGGGGGCAGGCCGCCAUUGCUCCGGCCCUGGAGGAAUGUACAGACUGAACCCUGCCACCCGGUGGCUGAAUGAGAGUACUGCAUCGCUCCACACUGCUGCUGCGCUCGGUGCCAACGCUCCAGGAUGUUCCACUUUAUCGCUGCACUUAAUCUCUAUUUCUCUGUCUCACACAUACAAACACACACACACACACACAAACGUGCAUAAUCACAAUUAGUCCAGUUGCCUAUUUUUUUGCAAUAAAUGAAAAAAAGAUGAGUAUAAGUAAAUGGUGAGAUAUUUUUAAAAACUAUUUAAUUCAUUAAAAAAAAGAGGAAAAACAAAACAAAACAACUUUUCUCUGGUUGUUGUGACUGUGACAGAAUCUCGUCUUAUACUGAGGUGAUUGUGUUUUGUCUAUUAGAGAUGUUUUUAUUUCCUUUGUCGUUAUUACUAUUAAUUAUUAUUAUUAUUGAAAAGGUUUUUUUUACACAGUUGUCACCUCCCCCCCUUCCCUCCCUUACUUGAACAGUGCUGCUCUGUCUGGGCUCUUGAUGGUGAUUAAAAAAAAAAAAAAUCAACUGUUUUGCAAUAAAGGGUUUGUGAUGAGUUUCUUUUGCA